AUGACGGCUGCAGCAGGUGCUGGCGAGCUUGAAGCGGUACUCACGGCCGUGGGGUUAGACCACAGCCGCACUCGCAUCCAGUCGUUGCUGGAGCAGUCCGCCGAAACAGGCGAGCUGGAGGCAGCACUGAAGAGGACUUUGGAGCACAAGGAUGCAGCAGCGGUGGACAAGGUGAAGACGCAGCUGCGGGAUGCCUUGCUGAGCGCCAACGAGUCUGGCAAGCUGCUCCAGGUGAUGGAGGGGAUCACUGCGGACGGUGGCAAGGCCAAUGCUCUCGAGUUGCAGCGCCAGCUGCGGAGCAGCCUCGUUGACGCCAAUGAAGCGGGUGAGGCGCUCAAAGAGAUGGAUGGGAUGUGGGCAAAGAAGGAGGCUGACGCCCAGGAAAUCGCCAGGCUGAAAAGCCGGCUGCGCGCCGCGCUGCAAGCGACCAAUAACACGGGGCAGAUGCGCCAAGUGCUGGAAGGGAUGACUACAGCGAGGGAAGCGGAUGAGAAGGAGGCUGAGAGGAUCAAGUGCCAGCUGAAACAGGUGCUGCUUGAUGCGAACAAAAGCGGCAAAAUGCUUCAAGUGCUCCAGGAGAUCACUACAGAGCAAGAGGAGGCAGAAAAGCUGCACUGUCUCUUGCGGGAAGCGCUGCAGAGCGCCAACGAAUCCGGCCAGAUGCUCCAGGCUCUUGAAGAGACCACUGCCAAGAAGAUAGCAGAUGCUGCUGAAGCAGAGCGCGUGCAGACUGAACUUCGUGAUAUGCUGCUUACUGCCAACGAGUCUGGACGGCUGCUCAACGUGCUGCAAGGGGCGUCCUUCGAGGUCCCGGACGAGGAGGUUGGCCGCAUAAAGGGCCAGCUGCGAGAUGUGUUGCUGGAUGCGAACAAGACGGGCAAGAUGGAGGAGGUGCUUUCAGAGAUGUGUGGGGCAAUGCCUCCGGCUCGAGAGUGCGACGCCAAGGAUGAGAUGGUGCGGAAGCUGCUUGAGGCGACUGAGUCUGGCCAGCUGCUCACCAUACUCCAGGAGAUAUCUCCGCAGAAGGGGCCCGCAGCAGCAGCAGCCGGUGAGGUUGCGCCGACGAGGUCCGGCUCCGAUGGGCAGACGAAGGCCAAGAUGCGCGACGCCAUGCUGGCAGCGGCGAAGAGCGGCAAGCUGACGGAGGUCCUCGACGAGCUCGAGCCCAAGGCCGAGGAGAAAGAGGCCGUCCCCGCCGUGGCGGUGCCGGUUGCAGCAGUCCCCGUGGGGCCAGCACCCUCGUCUGAGGUUGAGGUCCUGCGCAGCAACGUGCGAGAGAAGAUGCAGGAGUCCCUCGCCUCAGGCCGCCUGGAGGAAGGACUCAGCACUCUGGCCCAGAAGCAGCAGAAGCAGGUCGAAGCCCCAACCAAGGCAGAAGCCAAGGCAGAAACCCGGGUGCCAGAUGAGCUGGCCAUGCUGGGCAAGAAAAUCUGCAACGUGCUGCAGGAGGCCUCAAGCUCGGGGAAGCUGGAGGAAGCCUUGGAGCUUCUGAAGGAGGAGCAGCAGGCGGUCAUCCGCUCAACGCCCGAGGACGAGCUGGAGGCAGUGCGCAGCAAUCUUUGCUUAGUGGUGCAAGACGCACUGGAGUCCGGCAAGCUGGAGUCGGCGCUUGGAGAAGUCCGAAAGCCAGCGGACGUGGCGACCAUCCAGGCCAAAUUCCGGAAGCUGCUGCGGGAGGCGUUGGAGAGCGGCACGUUGGCGACCAGGGUGGCCCUGCUGAAGACCAAGGUGCCCGCUCCACCCUCGGAGCCCCCGCCGAGCGAGAUGGACAUGCUGAAGUCACAGCUGCGCCAGGCUCUGCAGCAUGCCGCAGAAGCGGGGCACCUUGCAGAGGCGCUGGCAACUUUGCGAGGUCAGGGGCAAGCAGUGGACACCACCCAGCUCAGAGCUCUAACGGAGGCUGCUUUGACGGGGACCUUGGACGAGACAAUCAGCUCGCUGAAGGAUGGGCUGGCAGUGAGGUCUCCCAGCGAGGCUGUUGAUCCGCCACCGCUGGCGGGCGCAGAAGGUGCGCCUCCUCCAGAAGCAAGCCCUGCUGCUGACGAGGUUGCCUAUGGCACGCAGGGGAUGGAGGAGAAGGAGCUGGAGGCGCUUCGGGGCCGGCUGCGCGGCAUCCUGGAGGUGGCCUGCGACCAGGGCAUCCUGGAGCAGGCAGUGCAAGUUGCAGUGAAGAAGAACACAGAGGGUGAGGCGGAAGCUGACUCGGCCGACCUCCAGGCGAAGUUGACGGAGAUGCGCGAAGAAAGCAAGACGCUCUACUCAACGGUGGAGAGGCUAAAGAUAGAGAAAGAGGAGUUGGAGCGUGCCAACAAAGACCUUGCAAGUCGAUUGUCAGCCCCGAGCACAUGA